CGGAGCUAAUUUGGCUUCAUCGCCUGCGAGUCAUUUCGGGUCAUCUUGUGCGACGGGACGGGAAUUCGCACGUCUCGCCGCCAUUGGAUUUCCUAGGCGCACUGCAUGGAUCGCCAGAAUUCACGUGUAGGGCUACGAGUCCUCAAGACCGUUUUGUAAUUGUCAAAGAGCAUUCGUAUAGCCCCACAAAGCUAAUCCGUCUCUCGUGAACGUGAUAGCGACUGCAAUGUAUCUUGAAGAUGCUAGGCGUAGGCUUUGGGCUGCUGAUCGCACGCAAACAUUACCAAAGUCGGUAAACCCACCAAGCUCAUGUCUUUGCCACUUGCGCGUCUUCCAAGCAUGUGCCAAGCAAUGUCACGAUGAAGCUUGCGACGUGUGUAGAUGGUGGGUUGGUUAGAACUGGACACG